GUUCUUCUACUUCUUUUUUAUAACCCUGACACUAAAAUGGUGAGCUCUAUCAGGCUUUUAUUCAGCCUGCAGGUAAAGGGUUACAGAUUCUAGGAAGUAUUAAAUGCAAACUUUGAAGGAUUUUAUUUUCAUCUACAGUCACAUGAUGCCUUAAUACCCAAUGACACUAACUACAGUGUCUCAUUAAGAGGUCAUGCAAACUCCCAAGCUAAACAAGGCAUUCUUACAUAUUUAACAUUCAAAUGCAGAAGCCAAGCUAAGCCAUGGAAGAUUGUAAUCAGAAAAAGCUACACUUCCUGAUCCACACAAAACCUGCAGGUUCUUUAAACAGGAGACAGAUUGCUAACAUUUGGGGCUGAAAUCUGGAGGUUAUUUUGGAAUGGAAAAACUACUUGCUGUUUGGAUCCAUGACAACCAUGUAGAUACUAGUCACUUGCUUUAACAAUCUACAUCACCAUGGAUCAAGACAUUUAAAACAAAUCUUUCAAGCAGUCGAUGGAGUACAAUCUGAAAGAUUAAAGAAAAUCCAGAUGGGGUGCAGGUGCUGCAAAAUGAUUCAAAGCUAUAUUUUUGAUCCAGAAGAAGUACAAUCACCUGGAUGCAUCCAUGAAGUAGACAGCUGUAAACACAAUGAACAAGGCAGCAAUAAAUUCAAAUUCAAAGAGAACAGUGAAAAUGAAGAACACAAAAACGAACUCGAGAAGAAUGAGCUAAAUAGGACAGAAAAUAAAAAUCCUAUCAAUAGUACAAAAGAAACUCUCCGGAAUCAUGGAGGCAACAAUUUUCAAGAGGACAGCCUUGUGAAGUGUGCUGCAAAGCUUGAUGUUGCAGUCAAUGGUGGCAACUCCUGUGCUGAAGGGCACUCCACACUCAAUCCCAACACAAACCUGAUAAAAGAAGCCAGUGAAAAGGGAACCUGCAGCCAGUCAGAGGCUUCUUCAACCAGCAACACAGACUUUUACACCAUAUUAAACAGGUCUGGACAAGAACCUGACGUAGAGACAGGCAGUCAGAGGAAAGCAGCCUGCGAUGUGUCUAACAGUAUUGCAGACACCCAGUCUGCACAAGAUAGCAUGUUUCUCAAAGGAAACUCAAUACUGGGGACACAAAACAAUGCCAUACAACUGCCAGAUAUUGACUACCCCCAAAAUGGCAAUCAAACUGGGAACUGUGUUGAAAAAGACAGCUUUUCAGUUCACUGUGCACAUUCAGAUCAAAACACUGGUCCUUCAGCAAUAGAGAACCAGGACCUUUGUGUAACCCCACCUUUGCCUGUGAAGGAGAGCAGUACUGAACCUUUUGAAACUGACUCUGCAAAUUUGAGUGAGGGCAUUACUGGUGGUAUCUCUGCAGUGGCUGUUACCAAAGUCACACAGGCACUCACACACCCCAACCAUAAAGACAUCAAUGGAGAAAUUGAGGAGGAAGAUGCAGAAGUCGCAGCAGCUCUGGCUGCACUGGAAGCUGCAACUGCAGGGGAAGACCUGGAAGAUGAUGACGAGUACUAGAUGAAGGUUUUAUCCGAAUACACUGGGUAAGAUCCAGAUUUUAUUUCUGGGUCUAUAUGAACACAUGUACAGCACACAUGGAGAACUGUUAUGAACAGCAUAUAUAAAAGGAGUUGGGAAUAAACCUCUGUCUCUUCAGAGAGGCUGUUUUAUACAGCCUUUUAAUUUCCACUGCCCGAGGCACAAAAAUGCUCCCUUGGCUAAUAGUAAUACUCUUCUCUAUGGAGCCAACAAGGAGGGAAAAGCAUCACUUCUUCCACACAGAAUAUUCUGCUGUAUACCCACCUCACCUGGACUCAUGCAAAUGUUUCCUUUGGUUUUGACCCUCAUAAGGGUCUGUGCACACUGGAGGCUCCAGGUUCAGAAAACUUCCAUUAUUUAAAACAGAACUAUUGAAGCCAUGGAGUUAGAAACCACAGAUUUUCAUCAUUAGCUCAAAAAAAAAUAUAUAAAUGAGCCAAAGUUCUAUGAUCUACUGAAGUGUGAAAUCAAGAAGGCAGCUUUGCUUGGACUUCACUGUGGCUAUGGUUCCAUUAUUGAUUAAGUCUAAGCCUGUGCAUGUGCAGCAGGCAUUAGGAUGAUAACCUAAUCUCUCCCCUUACACCUCCCCUCAACUUCAUGUUGCUGCUUCAGUUCCUUAAAACUGCAGAAGUCUAGCCAAAUCCAAGAGAAUAGGUAACUUUCUGUUGGUUUAAUGAGCUGAAACAGCUCACGUAAGAAUUGUACACACACUAUCAGAGGUGCUGGAGAGGGAUGAAAAUUCAGUCCCUACCAGUUUGGAUAGAUUAAAACUGUAGUAGAACUACAGCCUGAAACCUCUCAACUCCACUAAAUCUUCCAGGCACACAUCAGUUGUCUUAGCAAUACAGUUUUCAAACAGUUUAUGUCUCAAACAUCCCCAGCAAGAUGUGUUUUGUUUAUGUACAAACGACAAGAGCCAAUGUGGACCCCUCUGUGGCUCUGCUGUAGUCCUUAAACUUACAGCAGAAAAAAGGAUCAAGCUUCCAAGUUGAAUUAAGCAUACGCCCUGAAAACAGCUGCAUUCCUGGAGGGGCUGCAGUUCUUGUGGGGAAAAAAGGAGGUAGAGACAAAUUUGGUGCUGCCAAUUCAGCAAAAAUAUGGUUGAAAUAGAAAGUGCUUGACAUUUUAUACUGAAAUGUUAUGGUUAUCAAGUUUCUGUUAUAAACUCCAAAUAAAUUUUUUAAUCAUAUAAAAAUAAUUUGGUGGGUUUUGUACUUUAUGCAUUUUCUGAAUACAAAAAUUACAUUAAAGAAGUACUAUAAGAUAUAGCCCUCACUAGAUACAAAAAAAGCACCAACUACGUAUCUGACUACAGUAUAUGCUGAAUCCUAGUCUAACCAUUAACUUAUAUAAGGAUUAGAAUAUUAGGAGGUGGGUUUUCAGUAAUGUGUAGAUAUUUAAAUAUUUUCAUUUAAAUACAAAUUCUGUUUUAAAGUGCAAGACUAAGUCAGUAUUUCAAUUUCUCAAAACAUUAACGAUAACCCUAGGAGCAAUUAAAACAACCUAAAGUCUCAGCUUCAAGAGAACUAUAUUCAGCUACAGACAAGAGUCACGAUAUUGUAUCUGUAAAAU